AUGAACCACCUAACCUGUUCCUCCAGGUCUAUGCGAGGUCUGGUUUUCAUAUUUUUAGCGGUUCAGGUUUACUUCCCUUUUGUUUCAUCCAAACCUGCGCCAGUCCAGGCCGCAAGAUCUUCAAUUCUAAAUGACACUGCUCUGACAGUGCCAGAAUACAUAGCACGCCAUGCACCGCUUGUUUAUCUUCAUUCAGAUGACCCAUUUCUACCCGCUGACAUUCUCACUCAUAUCCGCCAUACAACGCCUAUGAUCGAUCGCAAGCCCAUCCCAGAUCUUCCAGAACUUGAUCUAGAUAACUUGGCUAUCCUGAACGACAUCCCUGUCCAUGGCGAUCAAGUUGUCGCACUCACUUCCAACGACAAUGUUACAGCACUACCAUCAUGGCUUCUCGGAGAAGCCCCCGAUCACACCGGUAGGAUAGCCAACUCCACGCCGUGCAUUGUCCUACUCGUCGAACGGAGUCAACGCGAUGUUGAUGCUUAUUUCUUCUACUUUUACUCAUACGACCAAGGCGCAAAUAUCACACAGGUGCUACCUCCUUUGGAUAGUUUGGCUGGGGGUAUGGCCGAUGGAAUGCAUUACGGCGAUCAUGUUGGCGACUGGGAACAUAACCUUGUUCGGUUCCGCGACGGAAAGCCCACUGGGAUUUACUACAGCCAACAUUCGAGUGGUGCAGCGUACAAUUGGAAUGAAGAAGGACUGUCACUCAGGAAUGAUCGGCCUCUCGUGUUUAGUGCCUGGGGUUCACACGCCAAUUAUGCAUCUUCAGGUGACCACGUCCACGACAAAGCUCUCUACGACUGGUGCGAUGCCGGAAAACUCUGGGACCCCGUCUUGUCGGCGUACUUCUAUCACAUGGAUCCCACAACGUUCAAACUCACACACCUGUCGCCUCCCGGAUCAACCUCACCUCCGACGACAAACUAUACCUCAUUCUUCUACUUCACCGGCAUAUGGGGCGAUGAAGAGUACCCAGAGAAUCACCCCAAUCAGAGAAAGGUUCCUUACUUUGGCCUCAAGCGAUACGUCGCUGGUCCACAAGGCCCCAUUUGGAAAGGGCUUGUUAGGAAAGGACUCUUCCCUGAUGAUCCUGAGCCGAAGAAGUUGAUACAGUACGUUGUUGGAGCAUUCAUGACUCUGUAUCCAUGCUGUCUCCGAGGAUGGAGAGUUUGGAUCUUUCUGGCGGUGCUGAUAGGAGUCAUUGCGUCUUUGGUACUUGGGAUCAAGCGAGGAGUCAGGAGAUACAGAGCCAGGAGACUGGGAUACAAGAGGGUAGACACUGAGAUCCCCUUGAGUAAUCUCAGUUAG